AUGAGUGAGGAUAAAGAGGAUUCAUCAACAGUCGACUCGGUUAAUAAACUUGAUAAAAUGAAGGACCAGAACAAAAUAUAUGCUGGUCUAGAUUUUUUAUUAUCACCUACAAGUAUAUUCCACUGUUAUCUGAUAUUAAUUACAUGUACAAUCAUUGGUAAUACUACAAGAUUUGGAAUUUCACAUUUAUCGAAUUAUAGCUACUCAUUUAUUGCACCACAGAAUACUUUAUGGCCAAAUUUUGUAUCAUGUUUAAUAAUGGGAAUGUGUCAAACACUUAAUGCCAAAGAAAUUGGUUGGUUCACUGAGUGUCCAUAUCUCUUCACUGGGAUAACUGUUGGGUUUUGUGGUUCUUUGUCUUCGUACUCUUCAAUGAUGUUAGAAGUCUUCUUAUUUUCAACAAGUUUAAAUCCAGUCAAUAUUAAACAUAAUUUUAAAUUACCAAAUAGGGCUUAUGGUAUAAUGGAGUUUUUAUCUGUGCUUCUAUGUCAAAUGUUUGUUUCAUUAGGUGCUUAUCUUUUUGGUAGAGCUUUUGCAUCCGAUAUUAUUGUUAAGUUUAUAGAUAUAUGUGUCAAACAUAAAUCUUCUUCCUCUUUUUCUUCUUCUUCAUCACCAGAAGGUUCGGUAGAGAGCAUUAGUUAUCGAACUCUACGUAAAUAUAUUAAAUUUGUGGAUUUCUUAUUGGCUGGAUUGGGCAUUCCAUUAACUAUCCUAUUUGUAGUCCUUGCAUCUGUAUAUGACAACUUUUCAAGGAGUGAUUGGACUUUAGGACCCAUAUUUGGAAUCUUUGGUACUUUUGCAAGAUAUUAUAUCUCUUUGUUUUUUAAUCCAUUAUCGAAAAAGUUUUAUUACGGCACUUUUAUAUGCAACGAAUUUGCUGUAUUAACAUUAGGGUUUUUCACUUUAGUUCAAAGAGGUUAUAAUUCCUCCUUGACUGGUCCAAUUGUAUCAAGAAUUAAUGCGUGUCGUAUUGUUUCCAGUUUAGCAGGUGGGUUUUGUGGUUCUUUAAGUACAAUUAGUACUUUCAUUAACGAGGGGUAUAAUAUGGAUUUGGCUCAUGCAUUGAAUUAUUAUAUUAUUACGAUUGCCCUCUCUUACAUAUUGUUGACCAUUACAUUGGGUGCAUUUAGUUGGUCAAGAGGUCUUACAGAAUCAAUAUGUUAG